UCUUAGGCUCCUUCCUCUGAUGUUCCGAUACUCUUGGGAGGAGCCAGAGGCAUCAAGCCAAUAUUAGGCCUACAGCUAACAAUCUUGCGCUCGCAUUUGCGGAGCGCACUAGUAAAUCGGGAUCGAAUCGUGGCGAGUCGAACUUUCAUCAAUAUUUUGCUCAUUGUUUUUCCCAGUUCCUCCCCUCUUCCUCCCAACACCAGAAAAAUAUAUUAGCUUCUUCCCAUUGAAGAAGCAGAAAGGAGAGCAGGCUUCGGCUUCGCAUUGGAUAGGAACCAGGGAUUGGGCUUUCGGGUUGGUCGGCGUUCAUCUGUCGAAUAAGAUUUACGUGGAAGCAGGAGUUGGUCAGAGUUUCGAAGGCGGGAAGAGAAGAUCAGACAUCUGAAGCAUCCAUCUGUUGAGGGCGGAAUCUCAAAUCAAUGGGGGGAGUCGAUCUCGAUUGUCUCGGGUCAUCUAAGGGUACCCCGGCAGCUCCGCCACUACCGCCCAAGGUUACCCAUCGAAGGUGCUGCUCUGAUAUGGCCUGUUUGCCGUCGAGGGCCCACAGCUAUGUCUCCACAGCUACAUGGAACAUGUGGGAGCGGCUGUUUGAUGACGGCUACAAGGCAGAUGUUAUUAUCUGUACGGAUAGUGGUGGUGCCGUGUACGCACAUGCUUGUAUCAUCGGAAUGGCUUCUCCGACGAUAAGAGGCAUGAUAAAGCAAUCAAGAAAGCAUGGACAUUAUCGGAAGAUCUCGAUCCGCGGAGUCCCUCAUGAUGCCGUUCGUGUUUUUAUACGGUUCUUGUACUCUUCCUGCUUUGAGGAGGAGGAAAUGAAGGAACUUGUCCUGCACCUGCUGGUGCUGUCGCAUGUCCAUGUGGUCCCUCAUCUGAAGCGGGCAUGUGAGCAGAGGCUCGAGCAAGGCGGCCUAGACGCUGAGAACGUGGUUGAUGUGUUCCAGUUAGCACUUCUGUGCGAUGCGCCGCGGCUCAGCCUCAUCUGCCACCGCAUGAUCCUCGCCAACUUCAAGGAUGUCUCCUCAACUGAGGGCUGGAAGGCCAUGAAGCAGAGCCACCCAGACCUUGAGAAGGAGCUGCUGGAGUCCAUCAUCGACGAGGAAAAUAAGCAGAAGGAGAGAAUAAGGAAAAGGAAUGAGCGGAAAAUCUACCUGCAACUGCACGAGGCGAUGGAAGCCCUUGUCCACAUAUACAGGGAUGGCUGCAGGACCAUCGGACCCCAUGACAAGGCGUUCAGAAAGGACCAGGCGCCCUGCAGUUUCAUGGCAUGCAAGGGGCUCGAGUUGCUCGUUCGCCACUUUGCAGGCUGCAAGUUCAGGGUUCCUGGUGGUUGCAUCCACUGCAAGCGGAUGUGGCAGCUGUUGGAACUUCACUCCCGCUUGUGCGCAGAUUCGAGCAUGUGCCGGGUUCCCCUGUGCGGAAACUUCAAGGACAGGAUCGAGAAACAGAACAAGAAGGACGAUAAGAAGUGGAGAAUCCUGGUGAGAAAGACAUUGAGAGCCAAGAGCAUUACCGGGGCCCCAUACUUCUCAUUAGAAGCGCAAAUAGGCAGUUCUUCAUGACUCAUUUUGUAUAGUCAAUGAAAGAAGUGAAAAUUACCGGCUUCGCUAAACUGUCGAAAGAAAUAUCUAGAAGAGGAGCUAGUAAAUUGAUGAGAUGAAAAUUUGAUGAUGAUGAAAAUUCUUUCUAUGCCGCA